UCCUCCUCUGAACCUCCCGGUAGCAAAGCUGAUGCAAAGUUGCGUGUUGGGAGCAGGAGACGUCACCGGUGCUCGAUUCUAGCAGAACCUUAAUAUCUGAACGCAGAAACGCAACUUUUGGUUUUUCCAGGGAGCCGUUUUUAGACGCGGGCCAACAUGGCGACGGAGAUAACUAAAGGAGUGGAGCAAUUCUCAGUCGGUGAGCUUUACGUCUCUGACAAAUGUGGCAGCGACCAGGAUGGAGACGGGUCGGAGAAGAAACCCUUCAAAACUCCCCUUAAGGCUCUGCUGUUUGCUGGGAAGGAGCCGUUUCCCACCAUCUACGUGGAAUCCCAGAAGGAGGGGGAGCGCUGGGCGGUUAUCUCAAAGACGCAGAUGAAGAACGCUAAGAAAGCCUUCAACCGCGAGCAGAUGAAGAACGACGCCAAGGAGAAAAAGGAGGCUGAGGACAACGAGAGGAGGGAGAAGAACCUGGAGGAGGCCAGGAAGAUCGUGAUAGAGAACGAUCCCAGCCUCCCGGAGGCGGAGCCGGUGAAAAUCCAUAAACUGGAGGCCAAACGAGGUCAGAGGGUGAAAGUGUUUGGAUGGGUGCACCGCCUCAGGAGGCAGGGAAAGAACCUGAUGUUCAUGGUGCUGCGAGACGGAACCGGUUUCCUCCAGUGCGUCCUGUCUGAUCAGCUGUGCCAGUGCUACAAUGGGCUGGUGCUGUCCACAGAGAGCACCGUAGCUCUUUACGGGACCAUCACUCCGGUUCCGGAGGGGAAACAGGCCCCUGGUGGCCAUGAGCUGCACUGCGACUUCUGGGAACUGAUCGGCUUGGCUCCGGCGGGCGGCGCCGACAACCUGCUGAACGAAGAGUCGGACGUGGACGUCCAGCUGAACAACCGGCACAUGCUGAUCCGCGGAGAGAACGUCUCCAAGAUCCUGCGAGUGAGGUCCACCGUUACCCAGUGCUUCAGGGACCACUUCUUCAGCCGCGGGUAUUACGAGAUCACUCCCCCCACGCUGGUGCAGACGCAGGUGGAAGGAGGCUCUACGCUCUUUAACCUCAACUACUUUGGCGAGCAGGCGUACCUGACCCAGUCCUCCCAGCUCUACCUGGAGACGUGCAUCCCCGCCCUGGGCGACACCUUCUGCAUCGCCCAGUCUUACCGGGCCGAGCAGUCCAGAACCCGCAGGCAUCUGUCAGAGUACACUCACAUCGAGGCAGAGUGUCCCUUCAUCACGUUUGAGGACCUGCUGAGCAGACUAGAGGACCUGGUCUGUGACGUGGUGGAUCGGGUUCUCCAGUCCCCCGCUGCCCAGCUGCUCUACGACAUCAACCCGGACUUCAAACCUCCUAAGAGACCCUUCAAGAGGAUGAACUACACGGAGGCCAUCGAGUGGCUCAGAGAGCACGAUGUCAGGAAGGACGACGGGACCUUCUACGAGUUUGGAGAGGACAUCCCCGAAGCUCCGGAGAGGCUGAUGACCGACACCAUCAACGAGACCAUCCUGCUCUGUCGCUUCCCCGCCGAGAUCAAGUCCUUCUACAUGCAGCGCUGCCCGGAGGACCGCCGCCUCACCGAGUCGGUGGACGUGUUGAUGCCGAACGUCGGGGAGAUCGUCGGCGGCUCCAUGCGUAUCUGGGACUCUGAUGAGCUGCUGGAGGGAUACCAGAGGGAGGGAAUCGACCCGACUCCGUACUACUGGUACACGGAUCAGAGGAAGUACGGGACGUGUCCCCACGGAGGCUACGGCCUGGGCCUGGAGCGCUUCCUCACCUGGCUGCUGAACAGACACCACAUCCGGGACGUGUGCCUGUACCCCCGCUUCAUCCAGCGCUGCCGGCCCUGAAGGCAGCAGCGCCCCCUAGCGCCAGUACCUGUUGCCGCAUGUUGAAUCAGCAGAAUUCCUCGUUUUCAUCUCUUUCCACGUCGCCGUGAAACUCUGAGGACGUCAGAAUGAAGUCCGAAGAUGCUCCUCCACUCUGCAGACGCUCACAGCGUUCCCAGACUCUCCUGUUGAGGUUUAAAGGAUUAUUACUGCGGCUUUGAAUAAACCAACAUCUAAAAGUUAUUUAGUAGAAGGAAAGGGUUUAAUCUGCUAAAAGAACGAAAGCUUCAGAUGUUGAUGGUAGAAGAAGCAGAUCUUUGAUCGUCUGUCCGAAAGUUUCCCUCCAGCUCAACAAUCUCCUGCUUCUUGGUCCUUUUUCUGAUGGAAACCCGUCCAGAACCGCGAGUUCUGCUCUGCCAGAGUCUGUAUCCAUUCUGCAUCUUCUGACAUCCUGCUGCUCAAACUGCACUGAAAUAAAUGUGAUUCAACCUGCA